AUGCAGCUUUUGAGCUUCUCGCAAGAUUAUCAUGACGUGCUGGCGGAUCAGUACCAUGAGUGUAGGGCUCCACGGCCUCGAAGCAGCUCGUUGAGUGCAACUUCAUCGGGAUUCUUUACCUGCGGCUGCAUAUCCCUUCCAAUCUUCCGAUCGAGAACACAUGAGCUGAUACCAGAGCCCUUAGCAUGGGGAAAAGGCUCCGGCUGGCGAUCAAAGCACAAGCAAUCAAACCGCUGGACAUCACUACGUCAAAUUGAUGGAGAGGGUAGACGACGAUCUGUUGACGAAAACCUACCGCCGCGUGCUACAGAGGGAUCGACAUAUCGACGUCGAAAGCGCAUUCCUGACAUAAUGUCUCAUACAAAAGUUCUGAGAGGGAGCAAACGACGUGCUGGGUCUACGGAACUGUCUGAGCGCAGAGACCUUUCCCAAGCAUCCCGAAGACUGGCUUCAGGUUCGUCUUCACAGGGAAAUGGCAGUCUUCUGAUCCGACUUCCGAGAGGAUUUGCCUUGGUGCGCCUGUCUCGAGCUACCACAUCACACUCUGAGGCAACGUACGACUACGAUGCUACCACGCAUGACGAUCACCGACAGAAGUCCAGUGCAGUGUCUGAUUACCCGUGGCGGAGGUCAUCUUUCUACAAUUCGUCUCCACCGUCUUCUCCUUUCCCUUACGACAUCCCACCGCCGCUUCCGGUCAAUUUAGUGAAUAUGUCGAAGUCUCGACUAAUUCGUUCAGCAUCGCAGGCUAGCGAAAUGUGGACUGAAGAGAAAUGUAACAGUAUACUACCAGACGAAGAGACUGUAAGUCGUGGCCUCAUGGAUAGAGCACGGGAUAUGCGCGACGCCUGGCGGAGGCAUCAAAGGGAGGUCAGACAUGAAAAGAUCAAGCAAAGUAUUAAAGUACUUGGCCUGGUGGAGCCGGCAUCAAUAGCAGGCUAUACGAAGUCGUGGGGUAUGCGAUUGGGAGAUGUUCCUGGCGACGAAGAUAGAAGCACGAGCUACAAGGCUUAG